AACCUCAUGUUAUGCGUUGGGUCAGAGAGAGUUUUUAUGGCCAAAGAGUGAAUACGAGGUUUGUCAACAUCCUGACAGACUUUGCAGACGCGGAGAUUUUCCUGAUUGACGGCGAUUCCUUGCUGUUAGAAAUUGUUGGUGAGAAAAGCUUGGACUGGAAUAACGGGGGACAGUUUCUUCAUCUAACUUACUUAACGGAGCGAUUUUUGCAAAAGUUUACAGAGAAAGGUGGCGUUUUCCACAUCGUCUUUCUUAGAGAAAUGGAAAUUAUGUGGAGAAGUAACCCGUCCUUGCUGCUCGCUCGAGAAGCUCUUAUUCUUCAUCUCCAGCAUAACACAGAUUUUGUUGUGAAAACUUCAAUGGUGGAUUUCUGGGGACAGGAGUGGAAUGAUUACGUUAAUGACGAAGUUCCUGCGUUCUUGCUGUUGACAGAUGCUGAAAACAUUCCUUGGAAGCAUGGCAACCUAAAAGAAAAGAUGGAAUAUUUUUUCCGCUGUCUCUUGUUUCAUUGCCUUGCACAUGGAUUGAAUUGUGUUUUUAUUUCGGGCAUCCAGAUAACUGCGACCACAGUGAUGGGAUUUUACAUCGAUUCCUCGACUAUUCACAAAAACUACUUUACGAAGUUUGAACAGCCAAUAUGGAAAACAUGGCAAUUUCUAGUGAGUGGCUGGCAGGAUCAGGCAUAUAAAUCCUCUCCGAGAUGGUCGGAGACUUUUCCCCGAGAUGCUCUGAUUGAUGUGCAAGCAGAAGUUCGCAAAGCUCUUCAGCGUCCUCCACAAGGCGGCUGUCGACAGGUUGCCGCCGUCCUUGGGUGUGCCCUGAUCCUUUUUAAAGCUGUCAAAGACUCUAGAAACACCAAGUUAUAUCUUCUUCAUAAUCAUUUUGUAUUGGUAUUAGGACUCAAUCUACCAGGAGAUAUCAUCAGAGAAGUAGAAGAUGCGUGGCAAAAUGUUGUAGAUGUUGUAAACAGGUCAUGCGGAUCCCAUUCUCUUGAGGCCGAGUUUUUUCCCUUUGCCGAGGAUUUGGCAGAUUUUCAUGCGGCAGUUGUUUCGGUUGUGCGUUCUGAUGCAGACUCCACCAUGAAGCUUAGGCGACUUACUGAGGUGCAAAGUGAUCUUGUGAAUGACUAUGCUGGAGGAAUUCGGAAAGAAAUUAACGCCAUGUCAGAAGAAAUGAGUGAUGACGAGAUACUUAAUGUUGGCCGAGAAUUUGAUGAACGAUACCACUGGCAUUCUCUUAAGCCUCUUUCUGAUGAUUACGACAGAACAAAGAAAUCUAUAACCGAAAAACCUCCAAAAGAUCUUUGUCAAAAGAAACAGUAUUUUCGAGCUAAGCAGAAAUAUAUUCGCUUUCAAAGAUUCUACGGCAAUUCACUGGUUGAUGGCACUGAUCAACAAAAAGUCAUCGUUGUCCAAGAGCCAGGGUCAAAGAAGAAAAAAGGAGGAAGAAAGGAAAGUAAACAGGGCAAAAAGGCUUUGGAAAAGAAAGCGGCAUCGAAAGAUCAAACAAAUUGGGAUACCAUUAUGAUGGACAUCAAAAAAUGUCUGAAGAGAGAUAACUUCAGCAAUGCUCUUGAAUUAGUUGAUAACUAUCUGUCAGAUUGUAAAUCUCCGAAACUUCGUUUUCACGCACUCAUGACAAAAGUCGACAGUUGCUUUGAAGCCUGGAAACAGACAAGAGAUGCUGACCCAGAAUCUAAUGAUGUGAAAUAUACAGUACUUUUGAUGGAAAGUGUCCACAAAAUUACUCAAGAGUUAUCAAGGUUUCUGAAUGAUAACGACAGAAAGAAACUAGCCAAAAUAAUGCGAAAGUUGGGAUUUGACGACCUUGUUCCUUUGUUUUAUGAGAUGCCACCAGAUCAUGAAAGAAAGAAUGAACGGCUUUUUGUUCACACUACAAGCACCAGAUUCCAACUUGAAUACAUGGGGAAUUUGUUGAAGCGGGAAGAGAGAACUGAUCCGGACUCUCGGGUUGAACAUAUCCCGGAUACAUGGCAGCGCGAACUUCUCGAUGCUGUCGAUAACAAUGAAUCAGCUGUGAUAGUAGCACCAACUUCUUCAGGAAAGACUUACGCCUCCUACUACUGCAUGGAGAAAGUUCUGAGGCAAGACGAUGAUAGUGUAGUGGUCUAUGUCGCACCGACAAAGGCUUUGGUCAAUCAAGUCGUUGCUACAAUUUAUGCGCGGUUUACAAAAACGAUGCCUGGUGGUAGAUCAGUGUUCGGUGUUUUUACGAGGGACUAUUGUCACAACGCACUAAAUUCUCAGAUUCUUGUUACAGUCCCCCAGUGUUUGGAGAUCCUCUUUCUCUCUCCGCACAGACAGCAUUGGACGAAGAACGUAAAAUACGUUAUUUUUGAUGAGGUUCACUGUAUUGGUUCAGAAACUGGAGCUGAAGUGUGGGAGCAUCUCCUUCUUAUGAUUCGCUGUCCCUUCCUGGCGCUAUCAGCAACCAUUGGAAAUCCAGAGGAUCUAAGACUCUGGCUGCAAGCCGCCCAAGACUUUCAUGAAGAGCAGGACAGGAAAAACAAUGAAACUCUGAGGGAGUCAUAUCGGAUCAGAUUAGUUCAAUUUGAAGAAAGAUACUCCGAUCUGGAGAAGAGCAUUUUCCUUCCAAGUCCUAAUAACGAAGGACAACAUGUGAACAACGACAGCGACAGCAAGGAGUUCGUGAGACUUCAUCCAUGUGCCCAGCUAGGUUUCAAACAGCUUUUAGAAAAUGGUUUUCCAGGUGAUAUGGCACUUACACCAAAAGAGUCUCUGCAGUUGUAUGACACUAUGGUUAGUGUGUGGCCAGACUGUGAAUCACUCCAGCAUCUUUGUCCUGAAACAUAUUUCCUGGAAAAUAAAUUGAUCCAAAAGCGUCAUGCUCGGCAAUACGAGAGAGACCUGAAGAGGGAGUUCAAGUCUUGGGCAGACAGCACAGAGUUGACAAAGGUUCAGUCAGUUAUUAAUUCUUUGAACUCAGUUUUUUUGGAAAUUCAUUCGUCAACUGAAGAACAAUGGGGUGAACAGAGAAUGACUUCGUAUGGUAAACCAUUCAUAAAGAAAACUUUUGAAAAACUUAUCAACGAACUCAAAGCCCAGGAGAAACUGCCUGCCUUGGUAUUUAGUGAUGAUCGUAGACUCUGCGAAGUUUUGGCCCUCAGUUAUGCUCAGAAACUAGAAAACAAGGAAGCAAUUAUGCGAAGAGAGGCCGACACAAAAGAAUCAAGACUUGCACAGAAGAGGCAAGAAAAAGCUGAAAAAAAGUUGCAGAGAAAAAGAGAUGAAUUACAGAAAGAAAAAGAGAAAAGAUUAAACAGCCAACCGGAUGAGCAAGAUGAGAGUGGUUCUAUUUCAGUCGUGGAUGAGAUUCUACCAGAGUGCUCAUUGGCAUUUACAUUUGGGAUUGGAAAAGAGGGUUACGAAGAGAUAACAAAAAGAAUCUGGUUCAUCUCUGACAAAUCGUUAUUCAAGCGCGCUCUAAAACGAGGAAUCAGCUUUCAUCAUGGUGGAUGUAAUGCCAAAAAGCGCUCCGUAGUGGAAAUGUUGUUCAGAGGCAAAUACCUUCAGGUGGUUAAUUCAACUUCAACGUUGGCUCUUGGUAUUCACAUGCCUUGUAAGACAGUCGUGUUUGCUGGAGACUCGCCCUACUUAAAUUCAUUACAGUACCGGCAGAUGUCUGGCAGGGCGGGUCGGAGAGGUUUUGAUCCCGUGGGAAAUGUCAUUUUCUUUGGAAUUCCUUACCGUAAAAUCCAACGCCUCAUGACUGCAAAUAUCCCAAAGCUUGUCGGCAACUUCCCCAUCACUGUCUCACUGGUUCUGCGGCUGCUUCUGAUGACAACCCAGGCAGAUGACAAGAAAGAUGCCCUCACUAAGGCCCUAGUAUUGCUGUCUCAUCCUUUUAUUCGCCGAAAGUACCCGCAAAUGGAAACCCAGAUCAAGCUACAUUUCCUCUUCAGCGUUGAACUUUUAAUCAGAUUGUCUCUUAUAAACAAAAAAACCGGAGCUCCACAGGAAAUGGCCGGACUGGCAACUCAUCUUCACUACCAUGAACCUUCCAAUUAUGCCCUAGUCAGUUUUCUACAAUGUGGUCUCUUCCACAAGCUGUGUCAGCCAGGGACAAACGGUAAAUUUUCCGAAGAUGUUAUGAGGAAAAUGGUGCUUGUUCUGAGCCACUUAUUUGGAAGAACUUAUGUUCAUCCUUCUAUCAUGCUGAGGACUCCAUCUUCUUCAAAAGUAAUUUUGGAGGAUCUCCCGAAUGAAUUUGUCAAGGCAGUCAAAAGCUACAACCGUCAAGUCACCGAUGUGUUCAGUCAGUACCUUGCCACAGUGGCUAAGUGGUUGGAAAAAGACAGAGGAGAGGAUAACAAACUCCCUUUAUCAGGAAUAGAAUUUCCCAAAAAAGCCAGCACUGAUAACAUUGACGAGAACGAUAUGAUCAAAGUCCUUGCGAACUCUUCUAUUCAGUAUUCGGCUUGUUCCUCUUUCGCUGCGUUAUCAGGAAAUACAGAAUUCCAAUUACAUCCUUCAAGCCAAAGAACAGAUGACCAAAGUGAAGAUGAGGUUAACAGUGACGAGGAUGAAUGCGAGGAAGAGCCACUUAAAUAUCUACUCACGAUCAUUCGUCAAGAUAUCUACACUGACAUGAAUCUUGUACCCAUUCUCCCAGUCAAGAAUACCCUUCCCCUGAAUGCUUAUGCUUUGGAUUUUUUCAAGCAUGGAUCCCCCAAAGUCAUUGAGAAAGAAAACGGAAUGCAAGCUGGCGAUGUCUUCGAUGCUCUCAAGGAGUUUUACCUGACUAUCAAGUCAAUCAGUUGUUCACUGGAAGAGCUCAGUGUCUAUCCUGAAACUGAUAAUGUAGUUUUGGCUUUUAAACAGCUGGCACAGGAGUACGGGGAGAAAUUCAAAGAGGCGUUUAAAUAUGAGGCAUAGGAAGUUGCGAAUUCUCGUGUUCAACUCGACAUCUGACUCGUUUCGCUGCGCUCACUAGUGAGCUAUUGAGUUAAACACUCGAAGAGAAAUUCCUUAUCUACGUGCGCCCAUGUAUUAUUCUCUAUUUGUUUAUGACUUAUUUCCUCGGGAAAAUCCACAAUGUUUUAAAUCACUAACUUCCGGUUAUUCUGUGAAUGCUACGCAAUGGCAAGGACAACAGAUCCGUUAUGAUUUUCCAUUAAACGAUUAAAUGUUUAUCAUCAACGUCACUCCGUUGUAUACGAUUAAAUAAGAAAAAAAAGGGCAAUAACCGCUUUGUGGCGCCUAUAUCAUGCCCGAUCUGACACCAUUAUCCGACGCUAGGCGGUGUGUGCACUCUCAUUGCGUUGUAUCAUGGUCGCGAAACAAAAAGUGAGUCAUUUGGAUCCUGUCGCGGUCGGGUGAGCUACAGCUCAGUUCCUACCACGGUCACAGCGAGAGGUGACUUUUAGUCACACCAUCCCCUGCUCGGAGCUCGGCUUCUGUGCUGCCGUGUGACUUCAGUCACUAAACCACAAAAAUGCUGUCAGAAAGCUUCACGACAUGAUGUCGAAAAUAAUUAUCAUCGUAUAGAAAGUAGUAUACAGAGUUCUUUCUAAAACUGAUCUUGAGCCGCCGACUCCUAUGCUACUCAAAAGGUCUAAGAAUCUCAACGUUUUCUCUAAAAAUCCGUCACUGAUAAUAAAUAAAUGAAAGAUCAGUCUUUCGCAUGCAUAUGUAGUUAAAAAAUAUGAAAGGUUCGCAGAUUAAAUAGUCUUUUACUUUUUUAGCUUUUGAUAAAUGUGUUACCGGAAAAUUUACUGAUUUCCAUGUGGUUGUUCAGAGUACAUUUAUUCGUAAACUUUCACAUUUAACCAUUUCCAAUUUA